AUGUUCGGCUUCUGCGAAACGGCCCGGCAGGGUAGCUGGGGCGACGGCGAGACACUGCAGGUCUGUGACACUGUCUCGGGCCAGCAUGUCUUCACUCACAUGAAGUGGACCAACAGCAGCUGCCCCUUCGUGUGCCUUGAGGCAGACAAGUAUCCUGCUGCACGAGUCUGUGAAAGCACUACCGCUGGGUAUUGGUCUCCAGCCUGCAACAACUCCCUGCUGCCUUGCGAUGCUCCAGCGGGCAUGUCAGCGUCAGGCUUUGGCGCGGUGGGCCACUUCACCUCACCCGGCGGCGGCGCGGCGGACGGGUGCGAGAUCACCAUGGCCUUUCCCGCAGCCAGGCCGUUCCACCUCAGCUUGGCAGUGGCGACGUUGACCCCACCCUUCACCGUAGAGCUCUUUGUGAACAUGACGUUAGAUGCCAUUCCGGUAGGCGAAUCCAGUUCCAGCAGCAUAGCGGUGCUGUGCGGAAGCUUUCCCUCGUGGUACGUGGCGCUGCGCCGGGUGUCUUCAGGACAAGCGCAGAUUGUCUUCUACCACAGCCGGAUCACGCUGGCUUCGCACAUCAGUGCUGAGGACAGCAGCAUCUCCUCGGGGGCCUUCAGCUGGGACAACAGCCGAGAGCCCUGGCGGCACCUGGCUGUGGUGGUGGUGCCCAACGUGGCCACCCAGCACAACGUCUUCUUCUACGUCGACAGCGUCUUUGUGUCUUCUGGCUACCGCAGUAUCUCCGCCACUGACAUUGUGGCAGCGCCCAACGUUGAGCCUAGCUAUGGCGUCUUCCAUGUGGGGCCGGUGAACAUUCAACGUUUUCCAGCGCUGCUCAGUUCGGGCCGGCCCUAUUAUGACCUUCCCAUGUUUACAGCGCAGCUGGAUGAAGUGCGAGUGCAUCAGGAGGCGCUGGACGGGCUGACUCUGGGCUGGCAGGUCACCGAGUUGCGGCGGCUGUCAGCCUGCAACACGCCUUACGAGCAGCGGGAUGGCUCAGCAUGCCAUGCGCCGGCCAGGUUGACUCCGCCCAACACCACCCUGGAGCAGAGCGUUUGCCGCACCGGGUACGAGGAGUGCGGCGCCAUGCCCGGGGUUUGCAUGGAGGUGUGCCCAGGCAACCUGCUUCGGCAAGCCGAUUGCUCCUGCGACUGUCCGCCUGCCUACUUCCAGACGUGGCUGGCUAGCGCAGUGCACCUGACUGGCUCGGGGCAGGUGAAGAACGCCACUGUCUAUGACGCGGAGCACCAAAUCUUGGGCCAGCUGGGUACUGAGACUUUGCCCCGGCGCAUCGCUUUACCGGGGCCCUCCCAGGUGGCGCUGGUGUCUGUGUGGGGCGGGGGCACUGCGAGCUCAGUGUCAUUGGAGGUGGAGACGCCGGCGCCGGAGAGCCAGCGCUUGCUAGUGCCUGAGCUUUGGAGUUCACCGUUGCAGGCGGACCGGCCCACUCUUCUGCACCAUCGCGCCGCCUUGGGCUACGACGACCCCACGCUGCGCUGCGCCCAGUGCCCAGGGGCGGCUCCCAGAUCUGUGCUGCCGCGAAAGGAUGCCAUCGCCUGCCGCUGCGCGGAGGGCUACGGCGCCAAUUUGCUGGGGAAGUGCGUGCCAGAGCUCGGGCCCUUGCAGGCGCCGGUGAUCAACCUGGCGAACGGCAGCUUCCACACGGCGGGUACGCGCGUGCGCCUCUCCUUCAUGCCCGGCCUGGAGGUGGAAGGGCCAUGGCUGCUAACGAUACGCUAUGAGUAUGGCACUUUCCCCAACGCGCCCAACUGCGACACUUCACCCAAGUACGAGGAGUCAGGAGACACCCCAGGCCUCGACAUCAUCAGGCGGCAGGAAUCAGUCACAGUCCGCGCGGUGGCCUGCCACCCCAUGCACCAGAUUUCCCUCGAGACUCGCGUCGAGUUGUUCGGCAACGACCACAUGAACCCACCGAGAUGCGAGGUUGUACUUGGCAACCUCUCCACCGACACUACCUAUGCGGAGCAACUGCAGGUUGCGCUCGUGGUUGACACGCACACAGACGCUACUAUCUUCUACGAGCUGCAAACCCUUCCACUAGGAAGCACCGAACUCCUGUCUGGCAGCAAAUUGACCUACUCUACCCCUUUGCUGCUGGCGACCCCUGGCACGGUCACCAUCAGCUUCUGGGCUGAGAAGUUGGGAUUUGACACGAGCAGCCGCAGCAGCUGCAGCUUCGCCAUCGAUGGGGCGGCUCGCAGGCAGCUCAUUCUCCGCUGGGAGGACUCCCCGCUGCAGGGCUUCUCCUCCUCCGAGUCUGCCUUCCUCGUGCCUCGUGACUUGAGCACCCUGGCCUUUGUGCUCGAAGUCCCUGGAGUGAGUGACCUGAGCACGUUCGAACUCCAGACCCGGCUGCACCGGGGCAGCUUGGGCACGACAAGUUGGACACGACUUCCAAGCGCUGUGGUGCAAGUGCCACUGGAUGAGAACCUGGAGGCGCCAAACAAGACGACCCUGCUGCAGGUGGACUGGAGGCUGAAGGAGCCCGGCUAUGUGUGGACCAGCCCAGGGAGCUUGCGCGUGCUGGUUGUGAGGACUCGCACUGAGGCUGUGACCAUUUCGGGUGAGCCGGUGGUCCUCUGGAACUUGGGGGACAGCUGGACGGAAGGCCCGCUGCGAGACAUUGCGCUGAAGCAGACACACCGAGUGCAACUGGUGCAGCCGAACCCCUCGGCUCGCGUGCUGUUCUCCGUGCAAGCAGGUAUUGGGCAGCCUGAGGUUGCGAGCGGCCCACUGCUCGCCGCCAAGUCCAGCAACUUUAGCUCGCUCAGCACAGGCUUCCUGGAGCGGUUCCGGUCCGGGCUCCCCGCGCAGCUGCCGGAGGAGAUGCCAACUGCCUGCGGGGGCGCCGCGCUGUUGCAGGCGGUGGAAGUGCCGAAGCUGUGCGACUACCUCGGCCCCUUCGAGGUGCUUGGUGGCGCGGUGGUCACAGCCUACGCCAUCAUUGCAGGUCAUUUGGAGUCUGUGGCGUCCAGCCUGCUGCUGCCCAAAGAGCUACCGCCCAGCCAGGAGGAUCUCAGCUUCCAGGCCCCGGCGCAGGUGGACGGUAGCGCAAUGACCAUCAGCGAAGAGCAGGUCCAGGUGCUGCCCUCUACUGCCACCUCCAUGACUUUCUCUGUGGGCCACCCAGAUGCAGAGCGCCAGAGUUGCGUGCUCGCAACACCCUACGGCGCCAGCCCGGCAACGUUGCACGCCUGCAGCUGGCUGUUCUACAACGGCCCUCGGAAGCUCUACUUGGAGAACCUCAUGCGCGAGGCUGGCCUGGAAGUGUCGGCCGCAGUGUCCCUGAAUGUCACAGUGCUUACAACUGUGAGGCGGCCCGGGUACCUGUGGUCCUACCCCAUCGCCAGCAGCUUUCUUUGGCUUCGGGAGCAGACGCCGGUGCCGCAGGUGGUUCAGGUCCUAGAGCCGGGCGCGGCUGCCCCUGCGGCCAUGGUCUGGCUACAAGCGCAGGAGGGCAACGCAGCUGAGUGCUACUUCACCUUGCACUACGAGACCCUGCGGCCAGCCGAUGUGCCAUCGCCUUUCCUGGUGGAGGUGCCUGCCUUGACUGCCACGGUGGACAGCCUCUCUUUGGCCUUCCGCCCCACGAGUCGGCACACCGCGGCUCUGAAAGCUGAUGCCUGGAGUGCGGACCUGGAGCUUUGUGCCUGGCCGGCGGUUUGUGUGCUGCCUAUGAACGGCACGCUGCCAACACUACUGGUGCAGGCACCCGCUGGCUAUAGCAGGUUGUGCGCUUGGGCCUUGUGGCAGGGCUACUUGGAGUCUGCGCCCGCCUGCAAGCUGCUGGGCUCGGGUCAGACGGUGGCCGUGGAGCCCUCCUUCGUGGCGGAGGCGGACGUUGUACCAGACAGAUCCGACGUCGUCGUGCCGCAGGAGGCUGGCUGGGAGCCAACACUCAGAGCACAACUGCUGCGAUUGCGCGGUCCGGAUGAGAACAGCACGUCCGGUCGCAGGCUUGGCGCGCAGCUGCUGCCUUUGGUCCUGCCGCGCACGCAUCCCUUGCAGUGGCGCGUGGGUACGUCUGCGGUGGAUGCGCGGGUCUUGCUGCAGCCGGGCCUCACGCAGAGCACGUUGACCGCAGACAUGGAGUUUUCAGCCUGGCAAGACUUGGCGCUGGAAGCGGCCGCGCCGCUGCUUCCGCUGCCCAGCCGGCAAACCUGGGACCACAUCCUCAUGGUUGUGGAUGUGCGGCUGUUGACAGGCGUGGACCGAUGGAGUGCCGAGGUGCGAAGUGCCGCCUUGCUGAUGACAGGCAUGCAGCCCUCUCUGUCCGUGCAGUGGGCGGGGCGCAGCAUUUUGUUGGAGACUCGGGCCAACAGCACCAUCUACUUCAAGUGGCUCGAAGGUACCGCAGUGUCGACCUUUGGAGAGGAGCUCAUCCAAACACAAGCAGACAUCAACUCUGUGGCAGAUGCCUUCGCCGUGAACCCAGCAGCCACGCUACACCCAAGCUCCGACCCCUCGCUUUGCACUGUCUAUGAGACCUCUGAUGCCUCGAAGCAGCGCGAGCUUUGCCAGUUGGAGGGCUCGCUUCUGGAGCUUGCUCUGCCCAGUGACGGGCGCUGGACCCUUUGGGCCGUCUCUUUUGGCCAAGGCCUGGGCGCGGUGCCGGUGACGUUCACCGUGGAGCCCAUGUGCCACGCGCCGCAGCACGUGGCUUACGCAGCGACGGUGAGCUGCGCGGAAGGUGCCCAGAUCGAGAGCGGAGCUGUGUGCAGCGCAGCGUGUCAGCCAGGCUACGUGGCCUCCACCGCCACAUUGCAGUGCGACCGCGGCCAGCUGGCGCCGUCGCAGUUCGCCUGCGCCGAGGAGUCCUGCGCCGCGCCCUGGAACGUGAGCUUUUCGGCGCAGCCGUGUCUGGAGGGCUCCACUCUGGCGCCAGGCGGAAUCUGCACUACUCAGUGUGAGAGUGGCUACACGCCAUCCGAGAGCACUUUGAGCUGCUCCAGAGGCCGGCUCACUCCCAACGCCUUCCUUUGCGCGGAGUCCGCCUGCCCGUCGCCGGACGUGAUGCACGCCAUCAGCCCCUCCUGCAGUGGUCUCGCUUCGGUGAAGAGCCGGGAGACGUGCAUCCCCCAGUGCCAGGACGGGUACGCCGCUUCAGAGGAGCUGCUGUACUGCAAUCGCGGGCGCCUGGAUCCAGAGGUCUUCGUGUGCGAGCCAGGCUUCCCGGUGGACGUGGGUGUGGUGAUUGCCAGCGUUCCCAGCGCUCUACUGGCGGGGAGCCUCGCGCUGAUCACGGCCUACUGCUUCAUGGGUAAAACUGCGGAAGAAGAGAAGCCAGCACCUUACGAUCCGCUCCAGGAGUGGUGGCAAUGCGUUCAAGAGGUGGAACCGGGCACCUGCGUCUUCUGCGGCAAGCAGCCGGAGGAGCUGGAAACCAGGUACGAGGACCACGGCCCUGCCACGCUCUUCAGGUCCUGCGCCGCGUGCGCAGCUUUGUUGGGCUUUGAGGAGGCGGAUGAGGAGCAGGAAGCGGAGGCGCAGGAGGAGCAGGAGGAGGUGUCGGAGAUGGUGGACAACAAGAAGCAACUGGGCUCAGAUUGCGAGCUGGGUUCAAAGGGUGUGCGGAGCCUCGCCGGCGCUAGGCACACCUCCGAGUCAAGCCCGGUACCCCAGGUGCAGGUCUGA